UCUCAUACACACAGACAGCAGCACCCUGCAAUCCAGCCACCACCAAACACUGCUUUAUAAAGCACACUGUACUUGGGAACUACACCAUUUUACAGGAGUCAAAACAGCAGAAGACUUCUACUCUGCAAAACAGGGAAGGGCUCAUUGGAGGGGAACCAGUGUUUGCACAGACUGCACUAAAUGCAACUUUACACGAGCACAUUGCAAACGGGAAACCUCAAAACUGAGUUGCAACCCAUGGAGAGUGAGAAAUCCCCUAUGGAGAGUGGGAAUGUUUCAGUGAAAAUAAUGGAUGAGAGUCCCGGUUGCAGUUCCAACUCGAGCCCCGACCCUGACAUUGACUCGCUCCUUUCAUCGGACACAAGGCGCUCGGACCCGCUCACACGUAACGCUGGUGGCAGGGGCAGGCCUGCAGCUGCAAACGCGGCUCGGGAGAGGAAUCGAGUUCAGACACUGCGACACGCUUUUCUGGAACUGCAGCGAACUCUGCCCUCCGUUCCUCCAGACACGAAGCUGUCCAAACUCGACGUCUUGUUACUGGCCACCACAUAUAUUGCCCAUUUGACCAGGACCCUGCAAGAGGAGGGGAUGGAGGAGGGCGAGGGGACCAGGCAUGCUGAUGUAUUACACUCUCUCAAAGGAGACGGCUACUUGCACCCUGUAAAAAAAUGGCCUAUGCGAUCCAGGCUGUACAUUGGAGCUACAGGACAGUUUCUGAAUAAUCCAGGUCAGGCUGAAUAUCCAGUCCAGGGUGGAGCAUCAUCAACUUCACAGACUUAACGAACCAUCAAUGUUUUUUUGUUUUUUUUUUAAUUUAAUGAUCAAUCCUCAAACUCAAGAAUCUACAGCCUUAUAGGAAUAAAGAUUUUUCUGGAACAUUCGCAAUCAACCAUGUAUACUGAUGUCAGAAGCCUGAAGUUCAGUAAGAGGUACGAGAGGUUCUGCUAAAUUCCUUGGUAUUGCAACAUACUUGUGACAAACCAGUGCAAAGGACUAAAAUGUGGAUUCAAUGCAAUCACAUGCAUUGCUGUUAUUUUAAACCUUUGACACAGUAUUUGAUAGUACUAUAUCAUAAACUGCUAAAAGCAUUUGUUCAAGUGAAGGUCAGUGCUGUGGGUGAAAAGUUAUGUAGCUAACCAAAAUUCUGUAAAAAAAAAAAAAACAUUAAUAUAUUUGUUAUAUGUAUUUAUGAAUUGGAAGUACGCCAUAGUUAAUGAUUGCUGUGAGAUGUAUUUUAAUGUUAUUACAUAUGUUGUAUAUAUGUAUCUAUUACUAAAUACUACACUCUACUUGUCUAAGAUUCUUCAAUAAUGAUUUGCUUUCAUGCUUUUAGAAAUCCAAUUUAUGUUAAAGAAAUGAGCGCUUCCGCUUGACUGGUCAGCUAUGCACUUUCAGUUAAAACAUUUGCACUAAAUGCAUGUCUGAAUUACUAAACAUUUGUCAUGUGAAGUGCACUGUCAGACACUCAACAACAGCCUUGAUGUAUUGAUUGAAAACGUCCUAAUUGCGUAGGCCAUUCUCCUUGUUAAUAUUUGUAAAUACUGCUGUACUAUUAGAUAAUGAAAUGAGAAAUAAAAACAAGACUUUAAAAAAAGAACUAUUAUUAUUACUAUUAGUGAAUAAACACAGCCUAUUAAAUAGAGUACAUUUGUAAGGUACAUUUCUAAUUGCUGAGUAUUAUUAACACAAAUAGACAACGUAUUGAAUGUGGACUUAAAGCAAGUCUGAUUAGGUGAACUUACAUUCUCUUUUUUGUGUCAAUUCAAUUUUAUGAGUGUCAUUUUGCAAUAUGUAGACCUUCUGUUUCUUUUAAAGUGUUGACUAUAAGAAGAGUUUAUGUACUUCAAAAUUCUAAAAUCAUAAUUUAUGAUUGGCUGUUCAGGGAAAAUAGUUAUAUGUCAUUUAUAUGUUUUACAUUCUAUUGAUAGAAUCUAAAACAUAUUUUUAAGUAUUAAGAAUUUUAAAAUAACUAAGUGCAGUAUUUAAAUGCUACUUUAUUAGAAAACGGUUUAGUUUAAUACAACAGCAAUAAUUGAUGUUUUAAACAGAAAAAAUAAAUAAAAACACAGACACCAGUGUUUUAUUACAAAAGUGAUGAGGGCCUAAUAAGAUUUGUAUGUUCAUUUUUAACACACGUAUAAGGAUAGCUUAUCACAAUCCGGAAUCAUGCAGCAUUGUCUGUUAUGCAAUAAGUAAAAAAUAAACACACAAAUUAUACAGACUAAACUCAAAGGCAAGCCAUAUAGCAUUGUUUAAUAUAAGUUAUGGAGAGUAUUAUAUAUACAUAUACAGAGGUUUCUCUCUGUAAAACUGUCUCUCUGUGUGGACGCCAGAAGUUAUUUCACUGUGACAGGGUGGCAUCACGGUCUAGGCUUUUUACCGGCAGAGAAGAGACCCAGAGACAGAAAGCUCCAGUUUUCCACACAAAGGGAUCUAUUCUGACUUGUUUUACACGCAAUUUACGCGCUGGAAGAAGGGCUUACAUACCCACAUGUGGUAUUGUAGUUACCAUUCAUGGGCAUGUAAGCCCUUCUCCCAGGGUGUAAACCGUGCUUAAAUCAAGUCAGAAUAGACCCCAAAGUACACAAACUAACAAAAAUAAACACAAGGGCCAAAAUAAAGGGUGUGGCCAGCCACCAAACUCCCUUCACCACACAAAGGAUUUUGCUUCCUUUUAUAUAGGUAGCCAUUCCCCAAUUAGCACUCAAUUACCCAAUUGUGAAAUGGCUGUGAUUGUUGGCAUUGACAGAUUUAACCCCAUCGCUGCCACAUUCACAUACUGUAAAUCAGUAAUUAAUGUAUUUUACCAUGAUAUUAACACAUCAUUUGGUUACCUAAUUAGAUUGAUCUUAAAUGCCACUUACAUUUUCAAUAAAAUAUUUCUUGACAUUUAUUAUAUAUGAUUCUGUACAUACUGUUUAUAUACCUCAUGGCCAUUUGUCAAGAUAGAUUCUUAUUCAUACUGAUAUUAUUAUUUUGUUUAUUAUCCAUGAACUAAAUAAAAAGGUGUGAAUUAGAAUUAGAGAGAAAAAAAAUACAUUUAGAUAAUAUGCUUUAAACAAAACAUACAUUGUAGAAAAGGUAUAACUAACACGUUUAUUUAUUUCGCAAAGUACUUUUGAAAAAAAAAAGUUUUUGUUCAAUUUAUUAAAAUAUUUUUAUUGCAACAUAUACUGUAUUAAGCAGUGCUUCUCAACCAUGGUCCUCAGGGACCCCUGGGUCUCCUGGUUCAUUCCAACUGAGCUCUCCGUUAUUUAACUAAACUUUUAAUUGAAAUA